AUGGUCUCCCCAGCCAUUGCAUUGGCGUUUAUCCCUUUCGUCUUCACCCUUGUCCUCCGCUACCGCCACUACUUCCUCCUCUUCUACCGGGCAGUGCUGGUUCGACGGCUGCAGGACUACCUGACCGGCAUCCCCAAGGAAGAGAGGGCCUUCCAGUACGUCCUGACCCACACCAUCCCCGGCGACCCCCAGCAUAUCUUGGAGACCUUUGACCAGUGGAGCUACCACUGCGAGUAUCUCAGUAAUUUGGGACCCCAGAAAGCUAAGAUCCUGGAGCGGCUGAUCUACGAGAAGGCCCCCCUCUCGGUGCUGGAGCUGGGUACCUACUGUGGCUAUGCCACCAUCCUCAUUGCUCAGUCUCUCCCGCUGGGUGCUCGCCUCUACACGGUGGAGAUGGACGCCAGCAAGGCAACGGUGGCCGAGAAGGUGAUCCGCCUCGCCGGCUUCGAUGAUGACACCGUGGAGCUCAUUGUGGGGCCCUCGGAAGAAGUCAUCCCCCAGCUGAAAGAGAAGCACGGGCUCCUCCAAGCAGACUUUGUCUUCAUGGACCACUGGAAGCGCUGCUAUCUGCGGGAUCUGCAGCUGCUGGAGGCCCACGACCUGCUGCCCGAGGGGGCCACGAUCCUGGCCGACAACGUCAUCUUCCCGGGGGCUCCUCGCUUUCUGCAGUACGUCAAGGCCUGCGGCAAGUACCAGUGGAAGCUCCACCGGACCAGCCUGCAGUACUUCCGGGCCAUUCGCGACGGCAUGGCCCAGCUCACCUACACUGGCCUCAAACGAUGA